GAGGCCCUUAGCCUUGGAGAUUCCGGCACAGCCUCUCAUCGAGUGGCUGACCUAGUCCUCUGUUUUGCUUAGGCUAGUGCUCAAAUGGCCUCAGAAGUCACGGGUGGCUUGCAGCCAGCAUUCGGCCCACCUGGCCUCUGGGACAUGCCACCUCAAAUAUGUCCACAGUGGCUAUACCCAUAGUCUUAUCUAAGUUGUGGGGUUUUCUUCCCUCUUUGCCAUGUUGCACAAUGAAGCCAUUUUCUUGCAAAUGCCUCCCCCUCCCAUGGCCUCCAUCAGCAUUUUUAUUUUCCCUAAAUAAGGCUUCUAACAAAAAGAGUCUGCCCACCCACAGACUGAGACAUGCUGUAGCAGAACAAGCCGAUAUGAAUUCAAAACACAAGAAACUGGGCAGCCAUUUAUAAGGGAGAGGGUGCACGAAUGGCUUAGGGCUGACCACUUGGGUGAGCCUACCCCCCAGAACCCAGGCUUGGUGGGGCUUGAGGAAGGUAUGAGAGUACCCCUUCUUCCCAGAUUGUGGGGUGCCGCUCUUGGGGCCUCUGGUCUGCUUCCGGCUACCCUGGAGCUGGGGGUGAGCCCUGGGGCCUGUAACUGAGCUACACUUGGGUCUGCUAGUACAGAGCUUGCAAACGCCCUGUGAUCAGCCUUGAGGGGAAUCUGAAGAGAAGGCAGAGAGAGAGUAGCGCAAGCAACAUACUGUUCCUGCCUGUUUUCAUUUAAGGGGACCCAUGUCCCAGGGGACAGAACAGGAUGUGUUUUUUUAUUGGGUUUAUGAGUGAGGUAGACAUGGGUAGUGGGUGGUCAGGGUGGGCAGGGCUGCUUCCCUCACAGAGGCUAUGUUCCAUGAGCCGUCCCUCCUGUCCUGAACAUGUUGGACCCGCUGCGUGGCCACUUUGCCAUACAAAGGGGCAAGAGAACAGGGCAUUGCUGGCCUGCAAGGGAGUGGGUGGGAGGGGACAGGCUGAGCCUGGCUGAGCUGAGCGGAGCCCUGAGAGAUGGCUGGGGGCUCUCUGUCCAUGUGGGCGUGGAACUGAGGCCAGGAGGCUUGGCUUGAGCUGUUUGGGAUUGAGCUCUUCACAUGCUGCUUUUCAGCCUCUUGGCCGCUCCUCACUGCCCCAAGAAUCCUAGGCUUUCUGGAGACCUGCCCUCCUCCCACGUGCUCUGUUUGCCGAGCUGGCCCUCCCCUCCUCUCACACCCAAAAAAGAAACCAAGCCAGCUGGCAUCGAGCCAAUUCGGACUCAUAGCGGCACUACAGGACAGAGCUGAACCGCCCUAUAGGGUUUCCGAGGCUGUAAUCUUUACAGAAACAAGCUGCCACAUCGUUCUCCCACGGAGUGGCUGGUGGGUUCGAACUGCUGACCUUUUGGUUGGCAGCUGAGCGCUUAACGACUACACCACCAGGGCUUCUUUCCCCUUACACAGGCCUCCCUAAUCGAGCUCUGGUGCACCCACUGAGGCCCAGGGCCGGCCUCCCUCCUGUACACCGACCUGCCGUCCCCUGGCUCUACUUGUAUUCCCCCCAGGUCCCUGUGUGCUUUCUUCCUGUUCCACCUUCUCCCACAUUUCUAGCUUCCCAGAGGUGAUGCAGAUGUGUGGUAAAUGGCCCCAAAAGAUACCCAUGGCCUAACUGCUGGGACUUAUGAAUGUGACCUUAUAUGGCAAAAAAGAGCCUUUGCAGAUAUGGUUUAGUAAGGAUCUUGAGAUAGGGAGAUUGUCCUAGAUUAUCUGGGUGGGCCCUAAACCCAAUUACAGGAGGGAGGUGGAGGGAGUUUACUUAAACACACACACACACACACACGACUACACACAUAUACACACACACACACACACACAUGCAAAGAGGUAAUGUGAAGAUGGAGGCAGAGAGUGGAGUGAUGUGGCCACAAGUUAAGGAAUGACAGAAGAGGCAAGCAAGGAUUCUCCCCUAGAGCCUCUGGAGGGAGAAUGGCCUUGCCAACACCUUGAUUUUGGCCUAGUGACAGUGAUUUCAGACUUCUGGCCUCCAGAACUGUGAGAGAAUAAAUUUCUGUUGUUUUAAGCCAAAAGUUUGUGGUCACUUGUUACAGCAGCAGCAGGAAAUGAAUAGAGUGUUAAAAAAACGUACAGCUGUUGAUCCCUGCUAGAAGAAAUCACAGUCCUAACAGAGCCGCGUGGGAGUGUGUGGUACCCUUCCCCUCCAGAGUCCCGGCCCCAGAGGCUCUGCUUGCAGGAAGCGUCAGGGCCCCCAGCACACCCUCUCCUCAGCCUGUAGUGGCUGUGGACCUGGUGGCUGGCCCUGCACACUGGCCUCACCUCUUGGCAGCACAGGGGCUUGGCUUGCCAAAGCCACAGUGGGUCCUGGGGACACAUGUAUGCCUAAGUCCCCUCUGGUUAUUUUCUAGUUGCCCUUUCCAACCAUGUGUUUUACAUAGUUCUCUUAAAGCUAUUCUUUGGCCCACAGAGAUUUCCAGAACAGCUGUGUGACCAAGUCUCAGUAAGGGUCCGGGGACAGGCAGCUCUGGGGCUGUGUGUUUGCUGUCAGUUAUUUUUGGUCAUAAGUUUUGAUUUGCCUCAUUUUUGUCAAAAUUAUUCACUGAAACAGUUUGUGGUCAUUAGUAGGAGAGAGAGCUCUUCAGUGUUGUUUCAGAGUGAGAAAAUGGACGGAAACAUGUUGUGGUUUAGUGGGCUGCUGCUGGGGGUGGGGAGCAGAGGAACAGCAGGAAAAACUGGUUUAGGGUCUGCCCCCUGCUCUGCCCCUUCCAGCUCUGGGGUGUUGAUGCCCACUGUGCCUCUGAGCCACUACAUGAUGAGAAACCCUCCUUCUGGGGUCACCAUGGGGCUGAAAGAGGCCGCUUGUGAAAGCCUCUACCACUUGGUUGCAAGAUGGGAACAGAAGACCCGCCGGCUGAGCAAGGCCUUUGGGUCACCCUACCUGGCCUGCUAUGCACUGGGUGGUGCCAUCCUGCUCCUGAACUUUGCACGCUCACACUGCUUCACACAGGCCAUGCUGAGCCAGCCCAAGAUGGAGAGCCUGGAUAACGCCAUGGCCUACUGCAUGGGCCUGGUGCUCCUGGGAGUGGGUACCUUGUUCGUGCUCUCCAGCUUCUUCGCACUGGGCUUCACUGGAACCUUCCUAGGUGAUUACUUCGGGAUCCUCAAGGAGGCCAGAGUGACCACAUUCCCUUUCAGUGUCCUUGACAACCCCAUGUACUGGGGCAGCACUGCCAACUACCUGGGCUGGGCCAUCAUGCAUGCCAGCCCCACCGGCCUGCUGCUGACCGCCGUCGUGGGCAUCGUCUAUGUGGUUGCCAUCCUCUAUGAGGAGCCCUUCACAGCGGAGAUCUACCGGCAGAAAGCCGCCAAGUCUCACAAGAGGAAUUGAUGGGCCGGCUGGUGGAGCCAGGAGGCAGGGGCUGCACUGAGGCCGCAUCCUCGGCCCGCCCUACCCGUCCUGCCCUGGGGGAUGUGGCCCCCACUGCUCAGGGCUCGCACCUUGUGGCCGCUCCAGUGCCUUGGAAAAUGCUGCCUUGGGGGCCUGCUGGCUGCCGUGCGGCCUCCGAGCCCGCUCUGCCUGCUGCCCCCAUGUUCAGACUCCCCAGUAAAGGCCCCCGACUCAGCAUGGCCUCCAGUCUCUG